GAUGAGGCCCAGUCUGGUCAUUGGAGCCCCUAGCACCAGGUUGUUCAGCCUCCCAGGAAGAGGCCAGAAGAUCAUUUCCAUCAGUGAGGACCAGGUCCUGUGAGGAGGAGACCCAGACCCAGCUGAAGUUGGGGAGUGUAGUUUGAUCUGUGUCUAGUCCGUCUUUGGUUUUUGUGGGAACUGAGGCACCUGUGCACGGCCACAGGUUUCUGGAAAGUGUGGUUUGGGGUGCAUGGUCUUCCUAGUUACGGGCUGGUGCUUCUUGGCUGUUUGGCUGCCACGGGGGUUCUGGCACAUGUAGUUCAUCUGCCUUUGUCUGUUUUUCUUCACAUGAGAAUCUGGCCUGGGUCCAAGCGGUUGUUGAAGAGGGUGCCUGUCAGAACCUUAUCAAAGACCACUGGGGCUUCUGUAUGCAGCAUGUGAGGGAACUGGCUUUCCAUGGGUCAGUUCCAAACUCAUCCUGUGGCUCAGCUUGGGCAACGUCAGAUCUUGGCUAUCCAGCUACCAACCCACAUAUGAUCCUUAAUUUCGAGCACGGAGGGAAGCCAUGGAGCAUAGAAGAUGAAAUGCAAUGCCAGUACUCUUCAGGGAAGAAACCAUAUGGAUGCAAUGAAUGUGCAGUGAACGCUUUUGAACCACUCAUGAAUGUGCUUCAGAGAACUCGUGCAGGAAGGAAAUCCCAUGAAUGCACUGAUGGUAGGAAAGCCUUUUCCAGUAAGGUGAAGCUAAUAAGUAAAGCUACUCAUCAGCAGAUUCACACAAGGGAGAGACCGUUCGGGUGCAGUCAAUGUCAAAAAGCCUUCGUUACAAAGUCAGCACUCAGCUGCCAUCAGAAAACUCAUCAUAGAGAAGGGAAAUCCUAUGCAUGCAGUAAAUGUGGGAAAGCUUUUCCUUGGAAGUCAAAACUCGAAUUACAUCAGAGAACUCAUUCAGGAGAGAGACCUUUCAGAUGCAGAGUAUGUGAUAAAGCCUUCAUGGUUCAGACACAUCUGACUGUACAUCAGAGAACUCACACAGGAGAGAGACCAUAUAAAUGCUUGGAUUGUGAAAAAGCAUUCUCAAAAAAGGCUCAGCUCGUAAUCCAUCAGCGAAUUCACACAGGAGAGAGACCAUACAGAUGCAGUCAAUGUCAGAAAGCGUUCAUUACAAAGUCAGCACUCAUCUAUCAUCAGAAAACUUGUCAUAGUGAAGGAAAAUCCUAUGGAUGCAGUAAAUGUGGGAAAGCUUUUCCUUGGAAGUCAAAACUCGAAUUACAUCAGAGAACUCAUUCAGGAGAGAGACCUUUCAGAUGCAAAGUAUGUGAUAAAGCCUUCAUGGUUCGGACACAUCUCACUGUGCAUCAGAGAACUCACACCGGAGAGAAACCAUAUGAAUGCUUGGAUUGUGAGAAAGCGUUCUCAAAAAAGGCUCAACUCAUGGUUCAUCAGCGCAUUCACGCAGGAGAGAGACCCUAUGAAUGCAGUCAGUGUCAACAAGCCUUCAUCCAGAGGUCAGAUCUAACUAAUCAUAAGAAAACUCAGCAUGCAAUAGGGAAAUCUCACGGAUGCGGUGAAUGUGGGAAGGUUUUGUCCUCUAAGUCAACUCUCGUUAUACAUCAGAGAACCCAUACAGGUGAGAAGCCCUUCAAGUGCAGUGUAUGUGAUAAAGCCUUCACAUCAAAGGCACAUCUUAUUGUCCACCAGAGAAUUCAUACAGGAGAGAAACCAUAUGAAUGUUUGGAUUGUGAGAAAGCCUUCUCCACUAAGGCACAUCUUAUGAUUCACCAGCGAAUUCACACAGGAGAGAGACCCUAUGAAUGCCGUGAAUGUCAACAGGCUUUCAUCCAGAAAUCAGGUCUCACUAACCAUAUGCAAAAUUGUCAUGCAAGAGUGAAAUCUCAUGGCUGCAGUGAAUGUGGAAAGGUUUUGUCCUGUAAGUCAACUCUCAUUAUACAUCAGAGAACCCAUACCGGUGAGAAGCCUUUCAAAUGUAACGUAUGUGAUAAAGCCUUCACGGCUAAAUCGUAUCUCACUGUCCAUCAGAGAAUUCAUACUGGAGAGAGACCAUAUGAAUGCUCUGAUUGUAAGAAAGCAUUUGCUACUUUGUCAACUCUCAUAGGUCACCGGAGAACUCACACAGGAGAGAGGCCCUAUGGAUGCAGUGAAUGCCAAAAAGCCUUCUUUCGGAAGUCAGCUGUUCUUAAUCAUCAGCAAACUCAGCAUAGAGGAAAAGUGUCUAUGCAGUGACCAUAGGAACAUGAGAAAUAGGUUUUGAUGAGUCAGUCCUCUCUGUUCAGAGAACUCAUUCAGAAUAGAAAUGCCAUGAAUGCUGUGAUUAUAGUAGACCUUUCUGAAACUUCAAUAGGAAGUAAACCUUAUAGAUGCAAGGAAAGUUGUAAGCCUUUCAUCCGAAGACUCCUCUCAGUAUACCACAGGGAUCUCACCAAAAGAGAGAAACCUUAUAAAUGCAGUGAUUGUCAAAAAUUUCAUUCGGGGGCCUCUGGGUGGCUCAGUCAGUUAAGCAUCAGACUUCAGCCUAGGUCAUGAUCUCGCCAUUCCAGAGUUUGAGUCCCACGUUGGGCUCUGUGCUGACAGCUCAGAGCCUGGAGUCUGUUUCAGAUUCUGUGCCUCCCUCCCCCCCUCAAAAGUAAACAAACAUUUAAAAAAUGUCAUUUGGAAGACGCUGUGCAUUUAGGAGGCAAUACCGUGAGAUACAGGGAAAGUGGGAAAUCAAUUUCAAAUCAUUUUCAAAGCACAUUUGUUAUACUUUAGGGUAUUCGUUCAGGAGAGGGAUCCUAGAGUUGCAGUGAGUGCAGAAAAGCCAAGGAAAAUCACAUCUCAUUGUACAUAAAAAUAAAAAUUACAGGAAGGUUGUGAUAAAGGACUUAACCAUUCUCUGGAAAGUCAGACUCGUUGACCAUCUUGUGCAGGAGAGAAAUACUGUGAAUGUGAUACAGUCCUCCAAUUAAUGCAUAUCUCUGUACAUCAACAAACUUGUGUAGGAGGAAAACCCUAUUAAUGCAGCAAAUGUAGUAAAGGCUGCAUCUAGACGUCAGAGCUCGCUAAUUAUCUGCAAACUCAUAUAGUAGGUAAAUCCUUUGGCCACAAAACUCAUUGCAUAGCAAGAAAGAAAUGCCAUUAAUUACACUGAUUAUCUAAAAUGCUUUA